CUCUAUGGUGCAUUGAUUAUUUAGUUAAUAAAAUAAAUGAAAAAUAAAAAGCGUUUGAGGUUAGGCUUUGUAAAUUUAAGAUCAUUCAAUUUAUUUAUUCACUUUUAAUUUUUUUAUUGAAUGUAAUGUGUAAAGUAAUUGAAAUAACACUGUUAAGAUAGGGAUUGGCACUCCAGUGAUUGAUAUAUCGCUCAACCAGAAUGUCAACUGUCAUUUAUCAAACAUUUUUGAUUAUCAUCCAGUAGUUAAUAAGUAACUUGAUUUGAAAUAAAUUAUUUAGUCUAUUUGGCGAGUUUAUCAACAUGGAGUACCAUUUAGGAAGUGCACCACCUCUGUGGAAUAAUGGACCUAUACCGGGAAAAUUAUACAAUUUUCCAGGAACAAAAGCAACUCCGAAAACAUUCACUCAAUCUCCUGUAACAACUUCCACUUCAAUAAUAGCUAUUACAUAUGAUAAAGGAGUACUUGUAGCUGGAGAUUUAGUUGCUUCAUAUGGCUCAUUGGCCCGUUAUCGAAAUUGCCCUCGAGUUAUUCCCAUCAACCAAAAUAUUAUAUUAGGAGCAGGAGGUGAUUAUGCAGAUUUUCAGUAUGUGAAAAGCUUUAUAGAGCAAAAAAUUAUUGAUGAAGAAUGUAUUGAUGAUGGACUUAAAAUGAAACCCAAAUCUUUGUACUGUUGGUUGACGAGAGUCAUGUAUCAAAGAAGAAGUAAAUUAGAUCCGUUUUGGAACAACCUUGUUAUUGGUGGUCUUCAGGAUGGUGUACCAUUUUUAGGAACUGUUGAUAAACUAGGAACUGCUUAUACAGAUAAAACAAUCUGUACUGGGUACGGGGCCCAUAUUGCUUUGCCUAUUCUAAGAGAAACUCUUGAUAAAAAUCCUGAAAUAACUUUGAAUGAAGCUAAAGAUCUUAUACACAAAUGUAUGGAAGUUUUGUUUUACAGAGAUGCUAGGAGUUAUCCAAAGUAUCAACUUGGAAUUAUUGAUAAAGAUGAAGGAGUAAAAAUUGAAGGACCUUUAUCUGUCCAACAAAACUGGGAUAUUGCUUUAAUGACAUAAUUUUCAUAUUUUUAAUGAUAUAAGGAUUGUAUUUGGUUUUUGUAAUUAUACAAGUCAAAACAAGCAUUUUGUUGCUAAGAAUAUAAACUUUUACUUGGUAAUAUUACCUCAAUGUUUCCACUGGUGUAAAUAUUACAUUCCCCUCCCACACGGCUUUUUAUCUGUGAUAUAUUAUGGUGCGACUGGUUUGGACCAAUAACUAUACCUCGUUUUGUCUGGAAUGUUCACGCACUGAUCAUUGUCUAGAUUUGCUAUUUGUCUUUGAUAAAUAAACUUAUUAGAAAUAUUGUUUCAUUUAAAAACUGAGAUCUAAACUGCAGUAGUUAUAUUACAUGGAAAUUUGUUAACCCAUUAGAAUUGUUGUAGGUAUAAAAACGAAAAAAUGAAAAUUUUGUAGGAAAUAGUUACUAAAUUGCUGAGGUCUCAUCAAUGUUUUCUAAAAAAAAAUUCACCAUACUGUCCUUAUUUCUGUUUUUCUUUGAUCUCUGGAACCUCAACGAGAAAUUGCUCUGUGAUUGUCUAAAAUUAAAAAAUAUCGAAAAAUUUCUUGUAAAAAAUUAUUGCUUAAAACUUCUGAAUCCAGUAUUAAAUAUCAUUUUGUGUCCUUCCUCGUGUCCAUUUUCACCAGAAACAUAUUGAUUAUAUUAUAUGCAGGAUGCUUUUUUCUUUUUAUGGUUAAUAAACUUGAUAUAGAGCACAUGAAAUUGUCUUUGCUGCAUGUUUACUUUCUGUAUAUUUUUGCUUCUUAUCAUCGUACUCACAAUCAUAGAUGGAUGGUGAGAGAAUCUCCAACGAUCCGUUGGGAGAAGAAGAAGUAGACGAACUCGAAAACGAUGAAUAUGGUUCAGAUGAGAACUAUGAGCAUAGCGAAAUUUUUUCUGAAUCUGUAGAAGAACGAAUCUCAUCUGAAGAAAAUAACCCAAGUGACGAGCGAAAUAUUGAACUUUAUAUUUCUUCAACACCACAUUAGCAAACCUUUUGUAGGCAAUCUCAAACUAUACACAUAAAGAUAGACCUUAAAACACGCAUAAUCUAAGGGACUGCUUACUGCCAUUAAAAUCAAAAUCAUCCACCAGGUACUGUCCAUGAACCAUGAACGUGUUAACAAAUUGAGUCGCUUGAAAUUUUUAAUUGAAUAUUACGUAGUAGCUUAUUCGACAGUAGCCUACUAGAUUAGUUAUUAAUCUCUUUAAAGUUUUUCCUCAUGCCAGUAAUAUGAUAUUCUAUAGUAUGUAGUACAAAUGUUUAUUUAUUUAUUCUUAGUUAUUUUCACGAAAAAUCAACAUAAAAUGAAGAUUUACUAAUUUUUGUAAGGUUAAGAUAGGAGGUUAGGUUGUGUUAGAGACUGAAAUAAAGGUAAAC